AUGAAACCAAACAUAGAAGUUGCCUCAAAGCAGAAGAAGCAAAGGGAAUUGGAUCCUGCAAUGGAUUGGCUGAUCAAUGCACACUUGCAGAGGAUUGGAUGUCGCCAUAAAGUGUUUGACUUACAUUUUUAUAAUGUGUCUGCUGUAGUGGAUCAUCUUGCAUGUGACCAAACAAUCACUGGGUGUUCUCAUUGCGCCCCCAUGACUCCUGAUGUGUGCUGUGACAUCCAUCACCCAUUUGCCUUCCCAUUAUUUGACACUCACAACCCACAACCACCUAAACUCCCUAACUGCUCUCACCUCCCUAACUACAGUAUGGGCCCAAAGGAGUAUGAGCUGUGUGAGGUGCUGGAGGAUUGGAGAGAAGAGAAAAUGGCAGAGAAAUAUGGCCAUUCUCACCUCAUUGACAUCAGUCUGUCUAUCAUCAUGUCAGAUUCAAUUCUCAAUCACCUUGUCAACUGCACACAUCACAAGAAGAUCAAGACCAUUGAAGACUUUCACAAGGAAACUCACUGGCUGGCCACAGACAAAUAUGGGCCUGAAGUUCUUGCCAUCAUACAUCGCAUAAUCCCUGUCAAAGUCAUCAGUGUGGCCUUAACCAACACUCCCUUACAGUGCCGCCCUCUUUCAACUGUUGCCAACCCACCAAGGGGUGGUAAUGUCACCCUUCCAUCAACAGUUUCAGCAGUAAAGAAGACGAAUAGGUGUAGCGCUUGCCAACAGGAGGGCCAUAAUAGUACAUAUUGUUACACUCUCUGUAGUACCUCUUCUGGACUUACUUGCUCACCAGAACACAAUCGCAUCUGCCUACUACAUCCCACACACAACACGACUCACACAUCAACUACUGACAAGGAAAAUGUACAUGUUUUCAUGCAGUCAUCUCAUCCAUGA